CCAACUAGCAAGGCAAACAUGGCUCGUUUUGAUUUACUCACUUGUUGCCUCCAGGCCUUGUUAGCUCUAGCACUGAUUGCAGCUGGGACCUUCCUCCCCUCACAAGCACAAGACCCUUCUCGGUUGAGCUUAAGCUACUACUCCAAGACGUGCCCAACAGUGCAAGACAUCGUGCGAUCCGAGAUGGACUGCGCGGUGAAAGCCAACCCUCGAAACGCCGCGUUUAUCAUCCGCCUCCAUUUCCAUGAUUGUUUUGUUCAGGGGUGUGAUGGAUCAGUAUUGCUCGAUGACACUGCGAUCUUGAUAGGAGAGAAGCAUGCCGAUCAAAGCGCCAACUCCCUUCAAGGCUUCGAGUUGGUGGACAAGAUCAAGGAGAAGGUAGAAGCCGAGUGCCCUGGCGUCGUCUCCUGCGCCGAUCUCCUUGCUAUAGCAGCAAGAGACGCAACCCUUCUGGUUGGAGGACCUUAUUGGGAUGUGCCAGUGGGGAGGUUGGAUUCUAAGACUGCCAGUGUGGAUUUAGCCAACUCAGAUAUCCCAACUCCUCAGCAAAAUCUCGCCACCUUGAUCGCCAAGUUCUUGGAGAAAGGGCUGUCUGUCACUGACAUGGUUGCCCUCGUGGGCUCGCACACGGUGGGCAUGUCCCGGUGCGUCAACUUCCGGGACCGCAUCUACGGCGGCGACUUCCUGCUCACCUCCAAGAACGAACCGGCGUCGCAGUUGCACCUCGCCAAGCUCAAAGAAGUGUGCCCGGCCGACGGCGGCGAUGACAACGUCGCCGGCUUGGACUACUACUCCCCCUCCGUGUUUGACAACGCCUUCUUCGAGAGCCUGCUGCAGGGCUCCGGCGUCCUGAACUCCGACCAGGAGAUGUACUCCAGCUUCCUCAGCUUCCAGACCUCGCACAUCGUCGACAAGUAUUGGGCCGACCCCGAAGCCUUCUUCAAGGACUUCGCCGACGGCAUGGUCAAGAUGGGCAACAUCACUAAUCCUGAAGGAGGCGAAGUGAGGAAGAACUGCAGAUUCAUCAACACUUAAUUAAUCGUGGUAAUUAAUAUAUAUGUGAGCUAAGUAUAAAUAUAUAUAAUUUAAAUAUGAGGUUCUAGAAAAUAAUGUUGAGAGAUUAAAUAUAUAAUUGCACCCUAAAUACUUCAUAGUAUAUGUGUGUUAUAGUCAAUAAUUAAUAUCCUGUUAAUUUGUUCCUUUUUUUUUUUUUAACUUUUAAGCAUAUCACUAUUUGUGUUUUAAUGAUAUGAUUAAUAUAA